CUCUCUUUCGUGUUCUUGUUUGUCUUCUUUCUUCAGGUAGCUUCGAGGACAAUCUUAAUAGGCUUCAUCGUGUCCAUGGCUUUGUCCCGAGCCUGCUUUUCUUGUUCCCAACAACAAUUUCCACCUGUGAGAUUAUCACGGUCUAUCUCAAGGUCUAAUUUCCAAAACAGCAUAUCUCGAUCGAUCGGCCAUGAUAAAUGCAGGGAUGCCCCUUAUCAGGCCGUUGCUUCUUCCCCUAAGGAAUCCUCUCCUCUUCCAAAUGGGCUCGACAACUUCACGGAUUGUUUCGAGAGUUUACAUGCGAGGACAUUGAGGGAAGUGAGGCAUUUGGUUGGAAAAGUGGAAAAGGGCUCUUUGGAAAGUCUAUUAAUGGCGGAUGCUCUCCAACGACUUGGCAUUGACUACCACUUUGAAGAGGAGAUGCAGAGCCUCCUGCGGGAACAAUUUUUCAUCUCCACCUUCGAUGGCCAUCGAGCCAGCAAUAACAGUCUUCACGAGGUCGCGCUUUGUUUUCGACUUCUGCGUCAAGAAGGCUACUACGUGCCUGCAGAUAUCUUUGAGGACUUCAAGAAGAACAAUGGUGGAUGUGCGUUCGACCCGAAGUUGUCCAAGGACGUUUUUGGGCUGAUGAGCUUGCAUGAAGCUUCCCAUUUGGGCACACAUGGGGAAGGUGUACUCGACGAGGCAGCGGACUUCACUAGAACAGCCUUAAGUGGUUUAGCAGAUAAAUUUCUGUAUGUUGGUAAUAACCAUAUUAACGGCAUGAGUUCUCAACUGUUGGGAGAGCUUGUGAGGAACACAUUGUCGAAUCCCAUACACAAGAGCUUGCCAAGGUUCACUUCCAAGAGCUUCGAGGUUUAUCUCAAAGGGCACUAUCACUAUGAGUGGACCGGAGCAUUUAGGGAGCUGGCGAUUUUGGAUGCCGACUUGACCGCUUCCAUCAAUCAGACCGAAAUCCAACAAAUCUCCAAGUGGUGGAGUGAUCUAGGGUUAGCAAACGAGUUAAAAUUUGCGAGAGAUCAGCUGCUAAAAUGGUACUUCUGGCCGAUGGCAGUACUGAGGGACCCAAAAUUUUCACAAGAGAGAAUGGACAUGACAAAGCCCAUCACCAUGGUCUACAUCAUUGACGACAUAUUCGAUGUCCGUGGGACGCUUGAUGAACUCACUCUCUUUGCAGAAGCCAUCACCAGAUGGGAAUGUGUCGAAGAACUACCGGAUUACAUGAAGACAUGUUUCAGGGCUCUAGGUGGCAUUACCAAUGAAAUCUGCUUGAAAGCCUAUAAAAAGCAUGGUGGGAAUCCCACUGAUUUACUCAGGAAAUCAUGGGCGAACCUGUGUGAUGCAUUCCUGGUGGAAAAGAGAUGGUUCACUUCCCGACACUCUCCUUCGGCUGAUGAGUACUUGAACAUCGCAAUAGUUAGCACAGGCGUCCACUUAGCAAUGGCUCACUCAUUCGCACUCCUUUGCGGAGGUACGAAUAAACAGAGCCUCCAGGCACUCAACAGUUUUACGGGUAUGUCAGCCUCAAUAGCGAAGAUUCUACGUCUCUGGGACGACCUUGGAAGCGCUAAGGACGAGAAUCAAGAAGGGCACGAUGGGUCGUACGUGGACUACUACAUGAAGGAAAACCCUAGUUGCUCACUGGAGGGGGCAAGAGACCAUGUGAAGGAGAUGAUCUCAGACUCAUGGAAGAGCUUAAACAGAGAGUGCCUCUUUCCCCAUCAAUUCCCUCCUUAUAUGGCUAAGGCUUCACUCAACACGGCCCGGAUGAUCCCUCUCAUGUAUGAAUACGACGAGAACCAUCGCCUCCCAAGAAUCGAGGAGUAUAUGAAGUCACUGCUACUUAAGCGAUCAGCUUAAAAGAAAUUAAUUACAGUCACCUCACUAUACACUUAUUUAUAUUUAAUUACUCAUCCGUUUGGUCCUAGGCUUAUGUCGUUAGUUAAAUCUAUGUAAUGAGUUGAUUAUUUUAAAGCGCAUGAGUUAAUCCAAAUCAAUGA